CUGAACGAAGAUGUCAAUCAUGUGGUUUAUUUUUAAUCUGUGGGGCCUCAGAAAAAUUCCAAAAAAAUGACAUCCAUCUUUCAAGUUCUAAAAACUGUCUUCUAGCUUUGAACUAUUAUAUUUAAAAAAAUCGUCAAAAUAUACAUCUAUGUAAUAUUUGGUAAUUGUGGUUAAAUCUAACAAAUAAAAUAUAGUUUAUAUAAUUCAAAACCUGACGUAAGGCACCAUAAAGGAUGUCUUCCGGAAGACCGAUCAAGUGUGUGGUCGUUGGAGAUGGUACCGUCGGAAAAACUUGUAUGUUAAUUUCAUACACGACUGAUAGCUUUCCAGGAGAAUAUGUGCCUACAGUUUUUGACAAUUACUCGGCUCCAAUGGUGGUGGAUGGAGUGGCAGUAUCUCUUGGUCUAUGGGAUACAGCGGGACAAGAAGACUACGACAGACUUAGACCUUUAAGCUAUCCUCAAACUGAUGUCUUCCUUAUAUGCUUCAGUGUAACAAGUCCCUCUUCAUAUGAAAAUGUCACAUCGAAAUGGUACCCCGAAAUAAAACAUCACUGCCCCGAUGCACCAAUUAUAUUAGUGGGUACAAAAAUCGAUUUGAGAGAUGAUCGUGAAACGCUAAGUUUGCUGUCGGAACAAGGAAUGUCUCCGCUGAAAAGGGAACAAGGACAGAAGCUCGCCAACAAAAUUCGGGCCGUAAAAUAUAUGGAGUGCUCAGCGCUAACACAAAGAGGCCUUAAACAGGUGUUCGACGAGGCUGUACGUGCAGUGUUAAGACCGGAACCACAAAAGAGACACCAGAGGAAGUGUUUGAUUAUGUAAAAAUGUAAACAAAAUCCAUGACUAAAGAACCGUAUUAAAAUCUGCAGGAAUCUCUCGACGACAGUAAUAAUGUGUUUCUACACCGACGUGAAUAACAGAUUAACGUUUGCAAUGAAUUCUUUUUUUUUUUUUUGUUCACAAUGUAUCAAGGUGCCAUAAAUAUUAUGUCCUUCGAAUAUUAAAAUGUCAGUUAAUAAUUUCUCUGAUCAACAUCACAAUAUUUGUUUCUUUUUUCUUGAAUAUUUUUUUUUAUGCACACGAGAAUGCCAAAGAUUUAUAAAUAGAUUUAAGUCUUUAUUGUUUGUUUGUUUUUUUCGUUAUUGUCAAAAUGCUAAUAAUAUGGUUAGAAACAAAUUGUUACUGUGCGCGUUUAAUGAUAUUGACAACUUUAUUUUUAUAUACGCAACCGAACCUCAACAUACGAACGUUUUUUGAAUUAUGUACAUCCUAAGGGAUUUAUUGAUAUUAAGGACUGAUGUAGUUGCGUUAAUUAUGAAGUAUCUUUUUUAUUGUCUAAUAUUUAAUUGCGACAGUUAGCAUUUAUUAUAAUAGUAAGUAUUCAAUGAUCAGAAUCAGAUUUAUUUAAUUGUGCAAUGUAGGUACCUAUGUUUUUCAUUCAAAUGAGGUGAGGUAAACAUGGACAAUAGUAUGGCAAUAAUUUACAAUACUUUUAAAAAGUAUCAAAAUAUUAUUUGCAUGGAAUGUUGCAUUGCAAGCUAAGUAUGUUGUUUAAGGCGGAAUAAUUUAUUUUGCUGAAUCAAUAUCAAAAUUACGUUUAUAAUUUAAAAAAAGAAGUGUAUUUUAGCAUGUAAUUAAGGAGUGUGUUUUUUUUUUAAAUAUUAAAUUAGUAACUCAUUAGGGCGAGAUAUUUUUAUAUUAUGAAAAAUCUUAGAAAUAGUUAGAUGGCUCUCCAAUUCUGCAACGAAAAUUUAGCACAAUUUUGAUGCAUGAUUUUAUUAAGUACUACAAAACGUGGUGGUAUUUACAUGAUGCCUUUUUGAAGCAUUCGUAUUUUUGACAUUGUCUUGUCAACGCUUAGAUAGGAAUAAGAUUUCUCUAGUUUGUAUUUCGAAUAAGCAGUGCCGGUUUCGCGCGUCUAAAGCCAUUUUCAGCCCGCUCUCUGCAUCUCUCUGUAUCUAUUCCUCUCUCCCUCUAUACGAGCUUUAAAAAGGAAUAAAGAUACGCUGGAUUCGUAAGAAGAGUCUCGUUUGGUAGUUUCUAUAUUUACAGUGAUAUCACUAUUCGAGAAAAACAUAAGGAUAAUGGUGGACAUUCGAAUAUUAUUUUCAGUGCCCGUUUAAAUAAAAGAUAUCUUGAAUGAAAAACAUGAUAAGAAAUUUAUAUUUUCGCUCUCUUGUGAUGAUAAAUUUAACUUCUCUUUAAAGCGCUUAAUUUUUAAUUUACAUCUCAGUAAUUUUCUCGGGUCUUUCUACAUAUCUAAACCUUAAAUUACACUACACUGCUAACUUUAAUUUCCUUUAAGAUUAAAAUCUUAUUAUUAUUAACUAUUGAUUCUUUGAUUAUUUAACUAUACCAAUCUGAAGUUUCUGAUAUCGGUCCAGCCAUUUCGGAAUCUAGUGAACAUACGUACACAUUUUUAUAUAUAGAUGAGGAGGUCCUUUAAUACAAUGAUGGAUUUUUGUAAUAUCGCUCGUUUCUAAUCCGUAAACAGUACAGAACCAUAGACCAAAUUAUUUUUAUAAGGCCUCUACUAGUAAUCGAUUAUAUCUAUUUCAGAACUCUUUUAAAAUACCGAGCUGUGAAUAAAGCUUAUCAAUAAAAUUCAAUUAGGAAAAAAGUCAUAAAGAAUACCGAAUUAUCCGAUGAUAUCUCUGACGGAUUACCCCGGGCAGGGUCUUAAACAAAAGUAGACAUAAAAAGUUGUAAAAGUCCGCACCCUUUUUUUUUUCAAAUCUCGAUCUGAAGAUUCAUUAAAUGUCAAAAUAGCUAUGCAUUUGUUAUUAUUUUAGUUUAAACACAUGACGAGAAAUAUUCGUUUCAUAAAAAUAUAGACUGCUUUGAUUUACGUGUAAAGCUUUGAGAAUUAUUUGUGUAUAUAAAUAUUUAUAAUAAGAGCUAAAUGCGCAAUUUCAAAUGGAUCGUGUAUUAUUGCACUUUAUAAAUUAUUGAAUUGAA